CUCCACCUACUCCAAAGCGCUGGAUAGCACAAAUUAUUUGUCCUAUGUUUAAAAAUGUGCUCAUUUAUUUCAGAUGGCUCCCUGUCCAGUUUGCCAGAAGGUGCUGUCCUCCAUCUCUGCGCACCUUUCCACAGUACAUCAUGUGGAAAACGUAGAGGAGAAGAAGAUCCUGAUUCAGCUGGCGAAUCAGAAAGUGUCGAUCCUGACAUCUCCGUGUCCUGUUCCGGGAUGUGGGUAUCAGAAGUCUCGUCUUGACCGCCAUCUGACCAGCUGCCACCGGGACCUGUCCGACCAGGCCAGGGAUAGAUACAUACAGACGGCACAGAGGAUCAAAGCCAUUACUCUCCUGAGAGAGUUGAGGGCCAGCAGUCCGAACGUGCCCAUGGCCACUCGCUUGGACUUGGCUGCUGCUGACGAAUCUUCAACGCACGACUACGACCGAGUACUCGAGUCAGCGAAACCUGGCGUCCUCGAUAUCAGUCGUAGAUUGAGAAUGGGACAACAGGUGGAAGAGAGUCUGCAGACACUGUUCCGGUACAUCUGUGAGGCGAUACUCCUGCAUCAACUGGCAGAGAGUGCUGUGCUGAACUUCAAGGUAGCUUUUCUUGCUGUCCUUAAUGCCUUGCAUUUCUCUCAAAUGUUUUAUAAAUACAAACUGGCUAAUGAAGAUAUAUUUUUUUCACCCAUACAGGUAGAGCAUUGGGUAGCUCGAACCCCGUCAGCCAGUGGCAUUGUCCUUGACCACUUUGACAUCAGUCUGACUCCCCAACAGGAAGAGUGGCUGGAGAUGUACUUCGCUCACAUCAGGUCAUGGAGCGUGAAAAAGUCCAGCCCCGAUGUUCACGAUGGAGGCAGCUUCUUUCUCAGCCAGAAAGGAGCUCCUGUGGUUAAUCUGCAGCUUGAUAUGAAGCGGCUAUGGGAACUGUAUCCACAGGCUUCAGGGACCGACCUGCCAGCAGUUGCCCCAGUUGCCCCCCUGCCAGCAGUUGCUUCUGCCAGCAGCAGUUGCCAGCCGAGCUCUGCUGCAGGUUCUGAAGAGGGGGAUGAUGAGCAGCCUUCCUGCUCACAUGCUGUGGGACAGGCAACUGGACAGCCACAGGCUCAGAAGAGGGACCACUCCCCUUCAUCCUCUUCAUCGGAUGGAGACCCUGAAGAGCCUAGUGGUAGUCGCUCUGCGAUUGAAAGGAAGCGGAGGGCUAAGUCCACCUGGCUUAGUUUUCUUGACCUGUUUCCGGUGACUGUUCAUGCCACGACACCCACAUCUGAGGAAAUUGUCGGCGGUGGAUUUGAUCAGGAAUCCCUCCGUUACUUUCGCAACAAAUGGAGGACAGUCCAGCGGGAACAGCGCAUCCAAUAUAUCUUGGACAAGUUCAAGUUCAGGAACCGCCCCGCAGAGGCCAGGGUACGCAAUCUGCUCCUUGCUGAGAACUGGUCGGCCAACUGUCCAAGCGCCAUGGAUGUGGUCACGUCUUGGGUCCCCGUAAAGGACCACAUCAAGAGUCCGGACAUCAUCCGCCGUAUUCAGGAACAGUCUUGGAAAGGACUUUGCCUGAAAGACUUUGGGCCACCAAAGAACAAAGGGGUGAUUGCGACGAUGCCCUUUUCCAAAGGAGAGGUGGUGUGCGACUACCAUGGAGAGUACGUCACCCAGGAAGAAGGGAAUCGGCGAAUGGAACAGCUGUUCGACGAAGCCUGUUACGUCUUCUUCUUUGCGGGAUGUGGGGAAAAGGUCUGCAUAGACGCCCAACAUUCUCCAUGCCAGUGUCACCCACACCAGGACACGUUUGGUCGUCGGAUGAACCAUUCAAGGAGAAGUCCAAAUGUGAAGCCACACGUUUUCAAACUUCCACUCCCAGAGGGAACAAGAUGGCAUCCCAUUUUCCUCGCGCUUAAGGACAUCCAAGUCAACGAGGAACUUCUUUGGGACUACGGUGUCCUCUGCGACGAGGGAUUUGGAGGCGAAGCUGCUGCACUGGACUGGUUGGCUAGUUGAAGUCCUGGACAACAACCUACCCCUCUGCCAUCUCAUACGAACUCACUGCACGCGGCACUUUACUUCACCCUGCACCACAACUCAUUCUGUACCUGUACUGUUACACUGUCGCCUACUAUACUUCACACACACACACACACACACACACACACUGUAUAUUAUUUGCACAUGUAUAUAGCAUUGUGGAAUUGAAAUGUGUAUAUAGUGUAAGUGUAGUGGACCCCCCCAUUUUUGUCUUUAUGUUAUUCCCUUAGUCUCAUUCUCUGUAUUUAUUGUUGUGAUGUCAUGUUAUGAGUUGUAUGGGUUAUCUAGCUCAAUCGUGCUGUUGCACUUUGUCACCAGAAGAUUGCAGUAAAAGACCAGACUAAGAGCUGAGUAGCCAGUAAUGGGUCAUGUGACCAAAAACGAAACUUAAGGAACUGUUACAAGAGAAGGCAGUGGUUGUAAAGCUGUAGCUGUAUUGUUCUGAGGGAGUAAUGGAAAUAAAAAACAACGAACCCAUUGAAAAGCAACACACUUGAGGACAUUUUUCAUUUAAGUUUGCAACAUAAGUUAUUGUGUAACAUUUUAACUUUUUUUACUUAUAUGUAUAUAUGUAUAUAUUUGUAAUGAUAUAUUGAC